CUCUCCGACAGCACCAUGAAGUCAGUGGGCAUCCUCCUCCUCCUCAUGGGGCUCCUGACCCUCUGGACGGAGCUGCCAGCGGCCACUGAGCAGAAGCAAGCAAGAGCUGGAACCUGCCCGCUGGAUUACAUAAGGUGCGUUCAGGCAGAAACUGAUGAGUGUGCCACCGAUUCUGACUGCAAAGAGCGGGAGAAGUGCUGUUAUUGCCAUUGUGCCAUGCGCUGCGUGGAACCAGCAGAAGAGACUCCUGGGACUUGUCCAGCCGUCACUGUAGUUUGUCCCAUGGUUGAUCCUCCUAACCGCUGUGAAAAGGACAGCAAGUGUCCAGAAAACCGGAAGUGCUGUGACACCGGCUGUGGGAAAGAUUGUGUUUGGCCUCAGAAUGGUACCCAUCUCUCCUACACCAUGAAGUCAGUGGGCAUCUUCCUCCCCGUGGGGGUCCUCACCCUCUGGAUGGUGCUGCCGUCUUGGUCUGGCACAAUCUUACCCGUGCAAAAAAUCCCCAGAGUGAAACCUGGGACCUGCCCAGUGGUUCCUUUCAGGUGCAAGAUGCACAAUCCCCCUAAUCGUUGUCAAUCAGACAGCCAGUGUCCGGGGCCAGAGAAGUGCUGUGACACCGGCUGUGGAUUGGGCUGUGUUCUAACUCAGCAAGCCAAACCUGGGACUUGCCCAGUGGUUACUGCACAGUGUCGUAUAAUAAAUCCUCCCAGCCUUUGUGAUCAUGACCACCAAUGUCCUGGCCCAAAGAAAUGCUGUGAAACUAGCUGUGGGAGAGAUUGCAUCCUGAUUCAGAGAGGGAAACCUGACACCUGUCCAUUCGUCAUCUUUAAGUGCGCUAUGUACAAUCCCCCAGAUCGCUGCCAGUCUGACCGCCAGUGUCCAAGAUUCAAGAAGUGCUGUGAGACUUUCUGCGGGAAGGACUGUGUUUAUCCUAAGGGAUAUGGUAAAGCAUAACUUCCUGCAUCCCGAGGGUGUUCCCAGCAGCAGUCGUGACACCAGCUUGAUGUGCCUGGCCUCGCUGGGGUCCCACAGACCAGCCCUAGGAAAUCAGCUUGCACAAUGCCUGCACAGUGCCUGCAUUCUUAAUCCGUCUCAUCUUUAGCGCCAACCACGCCACCUGUCAGGGGAGCUGCCGUGGAAUUUCAGACCCUGCCCACCUAGCACAGAGAAGACUGGGCUGAGGCCUCAUCCCAUGAGGGACCUGAGGAGUGUGAUUCAGUGGCUCUUUUCCUGCGGUCAAGGGGAAGCUUUGGGCGGGGCUGGGGGUCUCUUUCUUCCUGCCCUGACUCUGUAUAAUUUGGUGUCCCUGGCACCUUGUGCACUGUAACAAAUAAAGAAACUUGUUCACGGA